UAUAUUGACUAUGGUUGGGACUUCGAGUCGAAACACGGACUAAUCACGAAAUACUAUGCGCGUAUGUCUGAUAUUGGAAGAUACGUACUUGGCAACUGCGAAUUUUACGUUACUGUGCUGCAGGACAAAGAUAAGCCGUUGCUUGAAUUGGACUCAAAAAUAGUAGAAAGAGAAAGACCAAUGGGAGAAAUCGUUACGAAAUGGUCUAUCAAAAACAUAGUACCCUCUUUGGAAAGAAGUGACAAAAGUCACCUUACAUCAACUAUUGAGUGCAAAGUUGAGUUAUGCUGA